GCCCCGGAGCCGCCCCCCACCACCUCCUCCACACCAAACGCUGCCAAGUUCUGGUCCUGUAUGAGUCUCCGGCCGGAGGCUCUUAGUCGCGAUGCUUUACUACACAAAAGACCAUGGCGGGAGAAGCACAAAGACCCGUGCCCAAGCGUUGCCGCCACGAGAGAUUGUUUGCCACUGUCGCGGAAGGACACGGUCCAAGAGCAGACUACUGAGGUCUGCAGGCCGUGGCCGGCCGUGUCGGCAGCGGCCAGGUCGGCCAGGACAACGAAAAGGAGUAGUGGCCACUCCAGCAGCAGCAGCAGCAGCAGCGCUGCUUCUCUGUGGCAGCAGCUGUGCAGCUCCCCGACUCCGACGCAGCUGUACGUGGUGCUGGCCGCCACGUCCGUGCUGGUGUACGUGACCGGGGUGACGGGGGAGUACGUGCACGACGACCUCAGCGCAGUACUGAAGAAUCCGGACGUGCAGGGCACCAGGCCGCUUUGGCAGCUUUUCUUCAACGACUUUUGGGGCAAGUCCAUGGCUGAUCCUGCCUCACACAAGUCCUACAGACCUCUCACCAUCCUCACCUUCAGGUUAGGUCACUGGGUGUGGGGCAACAACAGCCUGGCUGAUCAUACCAUUAAUGUCUUCCUGCACGGGUGCGUGACGCUCCUGUACGCCCGCACUCUCCUGGCGACGCUGCGUCUGACGCUGGCAGAGACCUUGGCCAGCGGCCUGCUCUUCGCCACCCAUCCUGUACACACUGAAGCAGUGACCGGCCUGGUGGGACGCGCCGACCUCCUGGCUGCCGCCGCCUUCCUCGCCUCCUUCACCGCCUACCACAGGUUCCUCACGUUCUGCUACCUGCCGGCUCACAAUGUGUGGCUCUUACUGUGCCCAGCCUCGCUCUCAUACGACUGGCAGAUGGCCUCCAUCCCUCUGGUGUCGUCGCUCUUGGAUACUAGGAACACGGCCUCUCUGGCUCUCUACACCACCAUCAUCCUCCUGCUACUCUCAGCUCUCAGGUCCAGGAGACGGGAGCGGCUGGUGGUGGUGUGGGCGCUGCUGGUGCUCUGCCUCCCCUUCCUCCCCGCCUCCAACGCCUUCUUCAGAGUGGGCUUCGUGCUGGCCGAGCGCCUCCUCUAUAUUCCCAGUUUGGGCUGGUGUGCCAUCGUAGGCGUGGGGGCGGCGCGGGCGGCCACGGUGGUGCCAGGUCGGGCGUGGAGGCACCUGUUACUGGCACUGCUUCUGACCUUCUCCAUCAGGACGGCACGCAGGAGCCUUGACUGGCGUUCGAGGGACACCUUAUUUACGUCUGGUCUGCGCACUCUCCCGCACAACGCCAAGAUGCACUACAACUACGCCAACCUUCAGAGGGACGUCCACAACCAUGACGCUGCUGUACACCACUACAAGGAGGCCAUCAGGUUAUGGUGGCGGUACCCCAGCGCCCACAACAACCUGGGCACUCUACUGCUUGAGCGGCACCUCGACCAGCAGGCUGAGUGGCACUUCUCCGUGGCCCUCCAGAUCCACCCCCGGCACCCUCACGCCGCCCUCAACCUGGCCACUCUCUGGGGGCGUCAGGGACGCGUCCACCAAGCAGUCUCGCUCCUUGAAUCGAUCUUUAUUCCUGAAGAUGAUGACGAGGAGGAGCACGAGGAAGAGGGCGACCAUGAAGACGAAGAUGACCAGGAGGACGAGGAAGAGGAGGAAGAGGAAGACGAGGAGGAGGAGGAGGAGGAGGAGGGGGCCACAUCAGGGACAGGUCGCCUGCUGGCUGACCUGUACCUACAGGAGGGCAGGUGGAGGGAGGCUGAAGGUGUCUACAUCUCUCUCAUCUCCGCCCGACCCUCCGACCCGACGCUGCUCGCUCACUACGCCGCCUUCCUCCACAAACUGGGACGCCACGAGGCCGCCGCCAGGCAGUACGAGGCCGCCCUCAGUCUCGACCCCACCCACGCCCACGCCCUCGCCAACUACGCCGCCCUCAUGAACACCCGCGACCAUCACAACCACGCCCACCGUCUCUACUCCAGAGCCCUGGCGUGCCAGUGGGACGCAGACACAGCCACCGCCCUCGCCCGUCUGUGUAUACUGAGAGGUCAGCUGGGCGAGGCCCACAGACUGCUGCACCUGGUCACCCACCGUCACCCUCAGCACCUCAGUGCUCGAGUGCACCUGGCACAGGUGAAGCUGCAGCAGAAACAGUAUUCUGCGAGCGAGGCGCUGCUGGGAGGGGUGCUGGAGGAGUCUCCUGGCCACCAGGAGGCGCUCUACCACUUCUCUCUCCUGCUGUCAGCAACCAACCGCUCGGAGGAGGCGCUGGCGGCGGCCACGGCAGCGGCUACAGCGUGCAAGGAGCCCAGAGAACUAUGUGCCCUCCUGCACGCUCACCAGGCCGACCUCCUCCACACCUUCAGCCGCAUGGACGCCGCCGUCCUGAGUUACCAGUUAGCGGUGAGGAUGGAGCCGGCCCUCUCCCGCGCCCACCUCAACCUGGGAGCCAUCUACCACACCCAGGGUCGCUACGGUCUGGCUCUGGAGCACUACAACACCGCCCUCUCGCAGGACCCGACCAACACUCUACUCCUAGAGAAUAUGGAGAAGCUACAUCGCGCCAUGAACGCUAAAUUCCAAGGACGAUGAUAACUACCUUCCGCCUACCACACUGCAAGACUUUCUGAAAUCCUUGACAUCCACGGCUACUUCUUUCGUAAGAUGACCUUCAAGAUGAGCUUGGGGGAUGGUAAACGAAUUCUGGUUCGCCAAGAUAAUACUUCGAAGAUGGGUAGAGUGUCGUUUAGGCGGGAGCUUGUGCUUACAUGAAGGACGUGAUUGGUGUCCGUGAUCCAUACCUGUGUUGCUUAGGGUUGGGGUCCACCAUGCCAGCUACUGCUUAGGGUUGGGGUCCACCCUGCCAGCUGCUGCUUAGGGUUGGGGUCCACCCUGCCAGAUGCUGCUUAGGGUUGGGGUCCACCAUGCCAGCUGC